AUGUGUCAUAAAGAAGGAAUUAGAAAGACCUGUAAGUUAGAGGAGGAAGAUAGUGCUGAGAUAAAUGAAAAGACUAUUGAGGAUUUAGGAGAUGACACUGCCCCACAAGAUGCUGCAGCAUUUAAGUUGUUGGAAAAUAGAGAGCAAAAGAACUUUACCCAGUCCAUAAUUUCACCACCUGACCUGGAGUUGAAGCAACUCCUAUCUUAUUUGAAGUAUGCUUUUCUAGGAGAAGAAGACAAAUUGCUUGUCAUCAUAUCAUCUACCCUAGACUCACACCAAGAAAAGAAGCUUAUAGACAUGUUGAAGUUGCACACAAAAGCUAUAGGAUGGACCAUUGCUGACCUAAAAGGGAUUAGUCCUUCUAUUUGUCAACAUAAGAUCAUCCUAGAUGACAAGAACUUCAAGUCUAUAGAGCCUCAAAGAAGAUUAAUCUCUGUCAUGAAAGAGAUGUUAGACAGGUUGGCCGGAAAGGAAUAUUACUCUUUCUUGGAUGGAUACUCUGGAUGUAAUCAAAUAGCCAUAUCACGCGAGGACCAAGAAAAUACCACCUUCACUUGUCCCUAUGGUAAUUUUGCCUUUAGAAGAAUGCCAUUUGGACUCUGCACUGCUCCUGCAACUUUUCGAAGAUGCAUGAUGUCCAUAUUUUCUGGCAUGCUUGAAAAGUCCAUAGAAAUCUUUAUAGAUGAUUUUUCAGUUUAUGGUUCAAAUUUUGAUAAUUGUUUGGAAAAUCUAAAAUAG